AUGCCGCCGCCUCCGCCGCCUCCGCCCCCCCCUCCCCCGGGCGGCAUGUCCGGCAUGCCUCCGCCACCACCGCCGCCACCACCGCCUGGCGGUCUGCCAUCACGGCCUCCCGCAGGGAAAGGCUUGAACUCGGCCCUGCUCGGCGACAUCCACAAGGGCAAGGCCCUCAAGAAGACCGUCACCAACGACCGCUCCGCGCCCGCCCUCAGCAAGUCGUCCGGCGGCGGUUCGGGCUCGUUGCCAGUGGCCGGUGCUCCUCCGAUUCCGGGCGGCGCUCCUCCGCGGCCAAGUGGCGGCCUGGCACCGCCCGCUGCGGGCAACCGUGCUCGCAGCAACAGCGACCAGGGCGGCAUGGACAGUGCCGGACCACCGCAGCUGGCCGGUCUCUUCUCUGGCGGCAUCCCCAAACUGCGCAAGACCGGCGGCGGCGUCAAUACAGGAGCUGAUACGACCGCCUCGUACUUGUCCGACCCCGAAGACUCGCGCGCGUCCGCCGCACCGCCGCGGCCGCCUGCGUUUGGCGCACCAAAGCCACCCGGUGGCGCUGCACCGAAGCCGCCCGGCCGCCCUGCAGUACCUGCGCCCGGCAACCCGCUCGGCGCCGGCUUCCACCCGUCCAUCUCCAACCUGCGCAAGGUGUCGGCGCGUGGCGACCGCCCAGUGUCGUCUGCCUCGCAGAUUAUCAUGGGCAGCAAGGGCCCUCCGCCGCCCAUUGGCAAGAAGCCGCCGCCGCCGCCCGGGUCCAGAAAGCCCUCGUCGAGCCUGGCCUCGCCGCCACCCAUGAGCUCUGCGCCGCCCAUCCCCUCGGCUGCCGCGCCUCCCGUACCUUCGGCACCGCCCGCACCGCCUCCGCCGCCACCUCCGUCGUCCUUUGGCGCCGCCGCACCGCCUGCUCCACCUCCUCCACCGCCGCCGCCGAGUGCGAUGCCGUCCUCUCCACCGUCUCAGAGCCUUGCAGCCCAGGCCAUGAUCCGCGCACAGCAGCAGCAGCAGCAGCAACACCAGCCAGCGUCACCGCCGCCUCCUCCCCCGCCGCCGCCGCCGAGCAACAGUGCGCCCUCGCGGCCCCCACCGCCUCCCUCGGCACCGCCUCCGCCGGCUGCCCCGUCGCACUCGCCGUCGUCCUCCUUCUCGUCGGCACCGCCGCCUGCGCCGCCGCCACCGCCGCCACCCCCGGCGGCAGCAGCGCCUUCUGCGUCACCGUACGGCAACGGUACACUGGCCGCGUCGUCGUCGUCUGCCAACCUGCCGCCGCCGCCACCUCCACCGUCGCAGCGUGCUGCUAGCACCAGCAUCAGCAGCGGCUCCAACAGCCACCCGAUGCGCGUGUCAAUGCUCGACCCGUCGGCGUACACGCUGAUGCCCAACGGCGGCGGCGGCGGCGGCGGCAACAGUGGGCACAGCAGCGCGCUCAACAGUCCGUCGCCGACGCGGACGGGCAGCGCGGCGGGCGCAAACAACGGAUCCCUCUCGCCGCGGCCGCAGACCGGCGGUGGCGGUGCGCGCUACAUUGUGCAGGACACGCGGUGGCGGUUCGUGACGGAGGAUAAGUUCCCUGUGGCGCGGACAUUUACCGGUGCGCCCAAACGGUACCGGGCCGGCCGUGGGAGCAGUGUGCCGUUGGAUCUGAGUCUGUUUACGUAG